UCAAGAGCCUUGCGAAGUGUUUCGAUUCUGCCGGCAGUGCCGGGAUUCAAAUUCUGCUCACCAUGUCCGCCAUCAUGAUCCCGGUUGCUGCUUUCGUGGACCUGCCGAUCCUUGGAGACCUGCGCCACCACCACCAGAUCACCACCGCAUGGACUACCACUACUGGUGGUACUACCACUACCACUACUACCCGAACUACCGUCUAGAUGAGGCUUCUGGCGCAGGAGAGCUGACCACCUCAGUGAACCUGCGUCGCGAUGAGGCGCUCCAAUGAAACAGACCGUCCAGGUGCAGGAGGCAGUCGAAGCCAGGUGCGCGGGCAGGGUGCACACUCCAUUGAGGCGCGUCUCUUUGGGCUGCUGAAGCGUCUGGCGCCGGAUGUGCGGCAAGCCAUGCUUGAGCAGCAUUUCUCGCAAGCCCAGAGGCUGGCUUUGGAAAGGUGGAUGCUCGCGCGGCCGGCGCAUGCCUCCGCGCAGGCAAAGCAAAAGGCAGCCCGAGGCUCCAUCAGGCGCAGGUCCUCGCUCGUGGCGCUACAGAUGGGUUGUGAACCCUUGAGGAGUCGUCGUAAAGUCGGCGCGGGUGUGCAUGUCCACCGGCGUGUCGGAAAGACCCUCUACCGCGCCAGCGUCAUGGCUGGGCCCUUCCGCCUUAGCACCAACAUGACCACGCAGCUGGGCAAGGCUCAGCAAUUCCUUGAGGUCUUGCAGCGAAUCCGAGCCAGGGUCAAUGCUCAGGAGAGGAAGCUCAGCCGGGGGAGCUGGACGCAUUGGAGGUGCGCUUCAGGCAGGCUCUGCACGAGGAGUCGGAGGGCUCCCGAAGGCAUGGGAUGAAGCUGCACUUCUACGCCAAAAUCCCGGCCAGCUAUUGGGUGGGGCAGGCGCUGAGCACGCCGCACUUCCGGGUCAGCGAUGGGCUGGAGCUUGGGCUCCAGGCCUGGAAGCGCUUGGCGCUGGCACGGACCCAGGUCUUCCCCGGCCGCACGAACCGCUACACCAUCCUUCGACGCCAUGGGCCCGAAGACUUGCAGGCUGCCUGGGAGAUUCUUCGCCGCAAGCAUAUUGAUGUGUGGGCCGAUGCUGGGCGAUGUCCAGCUCAGGCCGCGGCGAGGCUCGACGACCUGGAGGCCAAGCACCAGCCAUGUCGAGAGCGCCUGGCGAGGCGAUGGAAGUCGAGGCGCAGAGAGGCAGACUGUGCUGAGAGAGUGGUGCAGGAGACCAUUCAGCAGAUCUUGACCAGAGUUGGCGGCCGAAACGGCAGCUCUGAGUCGCACUACUUGGGCGAAGGGUGUGGACUCGGGAGGAUCUUGCGAGCCAAGAGGGCGAAGCCACCAGGGGACCGCAGCCCACAG